UGCCGGGUUUCUCUCUGUUCGCCCAUCAUAGACAGCGGUGCCCCCGGCGUCCCGUGCCUCGGAAGAAGGGAAGCCGGGGCGCUCCAGCAUGCGCUGAUUGGAUUGGCUGAGCUCAAAGCUGGAGGCGCCAUGUCCUUCUUCCGUAGGAAAGGCAAAGGAAAAGAUCAAGAUAAGCCAGAUGUGAAGAUAUUUAGAGCUCAAGCACCGGCAUCAGUACAUUCCCCAUCUAGAAGUCCGAAAAACAAUGCUUUGCUGCAGGCUGCCGGACCCAGCUAUGUGGCUAUCAAUGCCAUCUCUGCAAACAUGGACUCCUACUCAAGCAGCAGAACUGCUGCCCUCAAGAAGCACCCGAUGCACAUGGAAGCUACACAUUUUGGAGAUCUUGGUCGAUCCUGUCUGAAGUAUGAGGCCCAAGAGACAAAGUCCAUCCUUUCAAAGACCCUGGAACAGGUGCUACAAGAUAAUGUGGCUCUCCCAUAUUUUAUCCAGUUUAUGGAACUCAGGAGAAUGGAACAUUUGGUGAAAUUCUGGCUGGAAGCUAAAAGCUUUCACUCCACUACAUGGUCUAGGAUAAGAGCGUUCAGUUUAAACACCAUCAAGCACAGCUCACUGGCAGAACCAGUAUCACCAUCUCUGAAAAGACCAGACUUGUCUGUAGCGUCUGCAGAUGAGCAGGCUCAGGAUUUCUCUAAAAUGCCACAUCAUACAUCUAGGUUGAAAGGACUGGACACAGGGGCAAAACAAACCAGUGCUUCUAACCAUUUGGAAACUAAACAGAAUACAGGAGGCCUGCCAAGUAUCCACCUCAAACUCUGCCCCGAUCAAACUGUGCCCGUUAAUGAGCAGUCUUCCAUGCAUGUCACGUCUGCAAAGAACACCCCCACACAUACAGGAUUUACAGAUAUGUCUCAGAAGCUUAUGAAGAGCAUAGAGCGAGAUGCUGUUCACACUUUCACCAAAUACAUUUCUCCAGAUGCUGCUAAACCUAUCCCGAUCAGCGAGGAAAUCCGAAGUGAUAUUGUUGCUAAGAUUUGUGGGGAGGACGGCCAAGUGGAUCCCAAUUGCUUUGUUACAGCACAGUCCAUUGUGUUCAGCGCCAUGGAGCAAGAGCACUUUACAGAAUUUCUGCUCAGUCACCAUUUUUGUAAAUAUCAGAUUGAGGUGCUGACCAGUGGAACAGUUUAUCUGGCCGACAUCCUCUUCUGUGAGUCGGCACUCUUCUACUUCUCAGAGUACAUGGAGAAAGAAGAUGCAGUAAAUAUAUUGCAGUUCUGGUUGGCUGCAGAUAACUUCCAGUCUCAACUGGCUGCUAAAAAUGGGCAGUAUGAUGGGCAGGAAGCGCAAAAUGAUGCAAUGAUCUUAUAUGAUAAGUAUUUUUCAUUACAAGCUACUCAUCCCCUCGGCUUUGAUGACUCUGUACGACUAGAAAUUGAAUCCAACAUUUGUAGAGAAGGGGGUCCGCUCCCAAACUGCUUUACUACUCCAUUACGGCAGGCCUGGACCACCAUGGAAAAGGUAUUCCUGCCUGGCUUCCUUUCCAGCAACCUCUACUACAAAUACUUGAAUGAUCUCAUCCACUCUGUGCAAAGUGAUGAUUAUAGCUGGAGGGGAGCAGGGAAUCCUAGUCAGGGGGCCCAAGGCACUCCGAUCCAUUCACCCUACAUAAGCUCUACAGAUAAUCCUGGCUCCCAGCCUGGAGUUACAAAGAGCAAUGUAAAGAUACUGAAAAACUUUGACGAAGCAAUAAUUGUUGAUGCUGCAAGUCUGGAUCCUGAAUCCCUGUAUCAACGCACAUAUGCAGGGAAAAUGACUUUUGGUACAGUCAGUGACUUGGGACAGUUUAUUAGAGAAGCGGAACCUGAGCCGGACAUGAAGAAAUCGAAAGGCUCCAUGUUCUCUCAAGCUAUGAAGAAAUGGGUCCAAGGAAACUCUGAUGAGGCCCAAGAAGAAAUGGCUUGGAAGAUAGCAAAGAUGAUUGUGAAUGACGUCAUGCAGCAGGCACAGAGGAGUCCUUCUCCAGAGAAAUCUACAAAGAUAUGAUAAUAUAAAGAAGCCUGGCCAAAUGCAUCUGCUGUAUCUGCUCUGGGAUGAAGUGUGCGCCCCACUUGUGGAUUGAGACUUGCAGAAGAAGAAGAAGAAGCAGCAGUGUAACUUGUGCAGCUGGACUCAGGUGUCCCAGAACAAGAUAAUGAGUAAAGGAAGCCUCCCCUCAGACAGAUAUGUUAUCCCUUGCAUUACUAUCUUCAAAGACUUUGAACAAGUGCACAUUGCAUUUGCUAUUAUGAAGGUUUUUGUUGAAGUGCAAAACUGGUGGUUGGUCAGUGAGCGGCACAGGGCACCGCAGAGUUUUUGCUAAGCAAACAUGCACUUAUACAGAAUCAGCAAGUGUCUAUUACAGGGGUUUCCCCAUGUAUGGCCCUCUAGUGGUUGUUGGACUCAAGCCCUCAUUAGCACAUUUAUAUACCAGAGUUUUAGUACAGUAAGGACUACAUGGGAUCGACGUUUCUUCUUUAGGUUCAUGCACAAGUCUGGUGUAGUCCUUACAGUUACAGCAUAGAUUUCUCUGUUUCAUAUGAAGUUUAUUAUACAAGUGCAGUAGCCCAAAUCCGUUUGUGUUGCUUUUGGAGCUUAGCUGAAGAUUUUUUUUUUUUUUUUUUUUGGGAUAUUGGAAGCAUGUACAGUAUGUAGCUCUCGGGAACUGGUUUCAGUCCUACCUAAAGCAUUAGUAAUAUUAGCAUAGAGUCCAUUCAAUUAUUGAGUGCCCAAGUCACGGGUAUCUUCAAAUGUAACUUGUAACAUCCCCACAUGUUUGCAUGCAGACUAUAUAUGAUCAUUUUUAGAAUAGUAUCAAAUAUCAAUCCUUUCAGGAUAUGUGUACAACUCCAUGAGCUUGGUGCCCAGAGUUUUUAUCCCGUGUUUAUUUUCUGUGUUGCACUUGGUUUUGGUUUACUGUAUCAGCCCAAUGCUUAUUCACUAUAAACUUAUGUCUGGAUAUUUCAGCAGGAGAUUUCACAAAAGAUGCCCCUUCUUUUAUUGAGAUUCUAUACUAGGGAUAAGCAUUGAUCAUCGACGACAGACUUCCACGUAAGCAGGCCGUAAUGUAAUCCCCUUGCACCAGUAACACCAAAAAACUGUUACUAAGCAUGACACCACCUCAGGGUGCCACAGGUGAUCAAUAUAAACCAAGGAUCAGAAGUUAUAACCUAAUUUAUUAAAUAUUCUUAGAGUUUAGUGAAGAAAUAUGACACAACAACGUGGCUUAUAGGAAAAUAUACAUAUAACAUGAACUUUCCAACCUCACAAAACUGAUUUCCAGCUAAAGCAAAUUAGUAGUUCACAUCCACAUAAAAAAAGUUUCCAUCGGAGUUGUGUAAAGGUAAAAAGAAUAAUGGCAAAACUGGAUCAGAGGACUCCUGCCCCAUAACUAGUAAAUAUUGUUAUAGGUGAUUGUUAAGUGCCAAUAAAGAACACAAUUACACUGUAAAGUACCAAGCCGUGACAGGCAUGCACCAAUCACACAGGUGGAAUCUGUUCAGCAAGGGGCAAGGAAAAUGUGUGCCAUUAGCUGCUUUACACCAUUUUUACAUUAGGGGUGAUUAUUUAUUAAAACUCGAAUUUAACUCCCAUCCACGAUUUUAUCUUAUUUAUCAAUAAAAUAACUUGGAAAAAGUCGGGUCAGGGAAAAAAACCCAGAUGAAAUUGAACAAAAACAGUAAUCGUACAAAUUAUAUGGACUUUACUCGCAACUUGAUUUUUUUCAGAUUACCUGAAUUUUUCAGAUUAUCGGAUUUAACACAGCACAGACCACCAUAACUUCAAAUUGGGAUAGGGACAUCUGCUAUUUUCUUCUACAUGACCUCAACAAUUUUGAGAUGCAGGAUUUUCGCAUUGGUUUUUGUGCAGCUUCUGGGUAUAAUAAAUCUUGAAAGAAAAGUUGUUGUUUUUUUUUUUGGCCCAAAACACCUGGACCAGAAAAAAAAAUUGAGGUUUAUUAAAUAACCCCCUAUUCGUGAGUAUUCUGAAAUCUUAAUGAGUUAUUAGUUAAUGUGCUGGUUGGAUAACUGAUCCCCUGUGGCAGUCAUGAGGGUAGAGUGUUUGGGAUGGAGCCUUUUGGCCUUCCAGGAGAUAACUAUAAUAAAUUAGACUUAUGUUAGGCUCUGAUGAGUGCAGCUCAGUCCCACAACACACUCCCUCAGUACAUCAUGCUUUUCUACUGGCAUUGGUCAUUUCACAGCAACACUGGCACCCUAAGUCUAUAGGUCUAUAAUCAUACCCUGAAUCACUGUGCAUUAGACAAGCCCUGUUCAUCAUUGAGCAAUACUUAAGACUAAUUAGACCCAGUGGGUCAGUCACUUAGCGAUGCAGAAGUUCUGAUAUCUGCAAAGGGAACUCAUUGGUAGUUGCUUGUGACAUACCAGCUAAAAGCAUAGCAGCAAGUAGUGUCAUGGGAUGACAGUAUCCUUUUAAUGCCCACUGCUUCCACCAAAAAACCAAGAUGGCAGCCCAUGAUUCUGUGUAACUUUUAGGGAGACAAUGAGGGCCACCAGGACUGUUCAAGAGGCUGAACCUGCCCAGGGAAUAUGGGUGCCCACCCCUGUACUAAACCUGACCCGAUUUAACUUGUGUACUGAUGUAUGCAAAACUGCUAUAUGCAAGUCAAAUCAUGUGAAUCUGUCAUUGUCUACAUGUCGGAAUGUUAAAUAAGAUGACAAAGCAACAAACAUCUCAGUAGUUUAAUGUACAAGCUGGUAAGGGUUACAAAUAAAAGGGGAGGGAUGUGGUUCCUGUAAAUCAAACUGGUUGUAGCCGGGGAACAUUUUAAAAUUGGAUAGAAUUUAUUUUUUAUUACAGAAUUUGAUUCAAAUGAGUAGUUUCUGGUGGUGCAUUGCUGCAGAUAAUUAUUCAAUAGACAGGGAUGAAUCCAGGACAGUGAAUACACUCUCACCAGGGCCUUCGGAUGCUAAACUGUAAUUAAAGAAGUCAUUGGACCUUUACACACUUUUGGCCUGUACAGCACCAGGACUUUAUCAUUGAGCAGAGCUAUGAAAGCAACACUCCGUUACACUGCUGUAGUAUUAGUACUGGGAAUAAAAGGUAACGAGCGCUCCUCGUUUGUAUGAUUUUUUUUUAGGCUUUGUUUCAAUUGCAAAAAUUGUUUUAUGUAAUAUUAUGAAAUCCUAGCAUUGAUGGGAGGACUGAUUGUAAAGAUAAUGUAAUCCAGCUGCAGUUGUUACACCAGUGUAUGUAUUGUUUGGUUAUAUACAAAAGGAGGCAGGGAAUAGCGGUUUUUGGUACUAUGUACCUCUUCCAUGAUUUUCUCAUGCCCAAGUAUUCCUGUACCUAAUCACCCAUCUAUUUAAAUGUGUUAAAUUGAGAAUCUAUAAGAAUAUUAAAAGUGUUGUCUAUCCUUUU